AUGUCAGAUAGUGACUGGAAAGUGUUUCGCCCUCUAAAAGGCUUGGGUAGAACGAAUCUGGUGAUCGUGCAGAACUGGCUGCGGUUGGAAAUCCCACCUUUGAUAACAUAUCGUAUUUCGUCAGGUAUGAUGCCUCGUGGAAACGAUAAUGAGGUGGAGGCGUUGUUCAAUGUAACAUCCUCAUCGAGGGUGUCGAAUUACGCGAGUUUGACCGAAGUUCACAAAAUGGGUUGGCUAACGGUGGUGGAUCAGUGUCAUACCGAAAAAUGUAUAAUCUGCGGAAGAUAUCAAUCGCUGCAUAAUGACCAUAAUGCUAUACGACGUAUGUUCAGCGCUUCGGUUGCCUAG